AUGAAUGCGCCCCCAGCUGGACAACGAGGUGGAUUCAGAGGAGGUUUUGGUGGACGAGGCCGCGGUCGCGGUGGUCGUCGUGGACGGGGUGGGCGUGGACGUCCUGGAAAGGAUGCUGAAUGGAAGCCCGUUACACUUCUUGGCCGAUUGGUAAAGGACAAGAAGAUCACCACUUUGGAGGAGAUCUAUAUGUACAGUCUUCCAAUUAAGGAAGCUGAAAUUGUCGAUACUAUCCUCGGGAAUCAAGCCCUUAAGGACGAAGUUCUCAAGAUCAUGCCUGUUCAGAAACAAACUUGUGCAGGUCAGCGCACUCGCUUUAAGGCUAUUGUUGCUAUGGGAGAUUACAAUGGACAUGUUGGUCUCGGAGUUAAGUGUGCCAAGGAAGUUGCCACGGCAAUCCGCGGUGCUAUUAUCCAAGCCAAGCUCUCUAUCAUCCCUGUUCGUAAAGGCUAUUGGGGUAACAAACUCGGUAAGCCUCACACUGUUCCAUGCAAAGUCACUGGCAAGUGUGGAUCUGUUUUGGUGCGUCUCAUUCCUGCUCCAAGAGGAACUGGUAUUGUUAGUGCUCCCGUUCCAAAGAAGCUUCUUUCUAUGGCUGGCAUUGAGGACGUCUACACUAGUGCUCGUGGUCAGACAUCCACACUUGGUAACUUCGCCAAGGCUACCUAUGAUGCUAUCCGUAAGACCUAUGAAUACCUCACCCCGGAUCUGUGGUCUGUCAAUUCCACCAUAAAACAUCCCUAUGUUGAACACGGAGCUUAUCUUCAAAGUAUGGCAAAAGCCAACUAA